AUGGACAUACAUAAGGACACAAUACACAGCAUUGAAGCCGACUUUAGCCAGAGGAGAAUCGUGACAGCAUCAUCUGACGGCCUGGUUCGUGUGUUUUCAAAGGGCUCAUCCGAUGGAUCUGACAGCCUGGCUCUUGAUGCAGAGCUCAAUGCAUGCCUGGGCCCUGCUACAAAGGCAGUCUUUCUGGGCAACGGAGAGCUGAUUGCAUCUGCAUACUUCUGCGGGAAGGUCAUUGUUUGGAAGUCGGAAGGAGGCAAGUUUGUGAAAAAACUAGAGAAGCAGCUUCUUGAUGGAUCUGUGAAUGAUCUGGAUGCAAGUUGUGCAGAUGGGAUGUUUGUAUUAUACUGUGCAUGUUCUGACGGCAAUGUUAGAAUUAUGAAGAUUGGGAAUGCACAGGGCAGCACUGAUGUGGAAGAGGUGCUGUGCCACAGGUUCGGGGUUUCGUCCAUCAGCGCAACAGAAAAUGGGUUUGUGAGUGGCGGGAUGGAUUAUUCGGUGGCUGUUUGGGAAAACGGCAAAGAAGUGGCAAGGAUGAGAGAUCACAAGGCUUUUGUCAGGGAUGUAGCUGUUUGCCCAGCAAAUGCAUUCAAGAUGUUUUGCAUGGCUAGCUGCUCAGAAGAUGGGAAUGUGAUCAUCUACACUGGCAAGGAGGGUGGAUAUGCCAUGCAAACAAUAAACCUGAACGAGCCGUGCUAUAGCCUCUCAUGGAGCUCAUCAGGAUUCAGUUUGAGUGUGGGAUAUGGAGAGGCAAAGUUCAAGUGCUUUGUUCCUGAUGCAAGUGGAAAGUUUAAGGAGGUUGGGCUAAGACGAGUUGAGGAAUAA